AUGAAGAAGAGGAAAGUGGUCACGUGGAGGGGCGCCGCGCCCGGGGUCUCCCGCCCACUUGGAGGCGUCUGGAGCCGGAGCCUGGAGCCAGCCAGGAGCUGUGAGGGCUGGAGAAGCGCCACCACGCCGGGGCUGCUGAGGUCACGGUCGCCGGGGCCCGAGGGCACCUGCUCGCGGUUCCGCCCGCUCUCUGAUAACUGUGCGGGAGGCUGGACCCGCAACGGCGACGGCGACGACAGCAGCAGCAGCAGCAGCAGCAGCAGUGAGAACUGGAGCGCGGGCAGCAGCAGCAGCCACACCAGCCGUGACACCAUGGAUCUGUCUUUUAUGGCCGCGCAGUUGCCCAUGAUGGGAGGAGCAUUCAUGGACUCACCCAAUGAGGACUUCAGUACCGAAUACUCCCUGUUUAACUCCCCUGGCAACGUCCACUCGAUGUCCAACGGCCAUGGCCAGCCCGAGGAGUCUCCUCGCUCCUCCAAUGAUGCCGUCCUGCUGUGGAUUGCCAUCAUAGCAACGCUGGGGAACAUAGUGGUGGUAGGGGUGGUGUAUGCCUUCACCUUCUGAGGCACAGGGAUGCUGAAGCUAUGGGGAAGCCUCUCCCAGGCUGGACUCACCUAGUAAGGUUUUCCUGUGGCUCCAUCUUUCUCCCAGCCGCUGGAGACCCCUGUGUUCUUGAACGGUCCUGGAGGCAGGCACCAUACAUCCGCAGUUUCCUCCAGACAGCUCCAGUUUAGAAUAUUCCAUGCUGCGAUUGAGCUAAUUCAGAACGCCUUGAAGUUGGUGCUUUCAGUUCCUAAAAACUUGAUGGCUCGAGUCCUUCAAAGAACAGACUGAAAAAUUCUUGAAGUUUCAGUCAGUCCCAGAAUGCAAGGCAGGUUCAAACUUCCUAUUGUGUGAAAAAAAAAAUGCAGAUCUGGUUUGGUGACAUUUUCCUAGCAGUCAGUUGUCACUGUAUGUCAUAUUUUCUCUGCAGACUUGUUGAACGUGGUAUGUGGGUGCUGGGACAAGAAAUAGUUUCAUAAGUUACAAUUCCUACCUUUUAAUUUUAUGUCUCAGCCCUUAGGACACUGACGGUGGUGUUGUAAGGUCACAGUAUGUUAAAGAAAAUGACUUAUAAAUGAUACUUUGUCACCAGA